GAAUUCGCUUGCCGAUGAUGAUGCUUGCCGUCUCCUGCUCGGACUCGCCCAUCCUCUUUUAUUAAAAUCCACCGCCCCUCUUCCGCUCGUCGUCUCCCACCACCCUCCCUCCCCCCGCCGCGAGAUCCGGCUCCGCGCUUCCGGAAGCUUCUGGAAAGGGCGCCCUCGGUGCCCCCAUGAGCGUCUGAUCGAUCGUCGCCAUGGGCUGCGCUGGAUCCACUCCCAAAGUUGACGAGCAUGGUAAGAAACUCAAAAAACCAAAACCUUGGAAGCACACUCAGGCAAUAACACCAGCACAACUCUCACAAAUGCGUGAAGAAUUCUGGGACACAGCUCCACACUAUGGAGGCCAGAAAGAGAUUUGGGAUGCACUUAGGGCUGCUGCUGAAGCUGAAUUAUCUCUUGCACAAACCAUAGUGGAGAGUGCUGGAAUCAUUGUUUCAAAUUCUGACAUGACGCUUUGUUAUGACGAGAGAGGUGCCAAGUACGAACUGCCUAAGUACGUUUUGAGUGAGCCAACAAAUUUGAUCCGUGAUGGUUGAGUGAAGAUUUAUAUUACAACGUCAACAGUAAACAGAUCCGUGUAAAUGGUGUAAAUCGUUCAUUGAUCGCUGACUCAAUGAUGUAUUUCUCAGAACAUAAAUGAAGUUACUUGUGGUUCUGCAGUUACUCUUAGAUAAGUUGUAAAUUGUAACGCAGCACUAUCUCUGAACUUGCUUUCACUGAAGGACCGACAUAGCAGCUGUACACGGGUACAACUUCAUUGCAUAAUCGAUACUGCAGUAUUUGCAGUGUUGCACCGUAGUGAAGCGGUACCUCAUAUGUGGUUGCAAUGGAAACUAUAACUAGUCCAGCUG